AUGGGCGUCAACGUUAUCACCCACCAGCCCGGCACUGGCGCCACCCCCACCAAGGGCCAGACUGUCACCAUCGAGUACACCGGCUUCCUGAAGGACACUUCGCAGCCCGACAACAAGGGCAAGAAGUUCGACUCUUCCGUCGGCCGCGGCGACUUCGUCGUCAAGAUCGGUGUCGGUCAAGUCAUUCGCGGUUGGGACGAGGGUGUCACCCAGAUGAAGGUCGGCGAGAAGGCCACCCUCGACAUCUCCAGUGACUUUGGCUACGGUGCCCGCGGCUUCACCGGCCACAUCCCCCCCAACGCCGACCUCAUCUUCGAUGUCGAGCUGAAGAAGGUCCAGUAAAUCAGACGGGGACAUGGUGCGCGGACGGUUACACGGAUUCGUUAUCGGCUGGUCUAGAAACCGCACGAUGCGCGUGAUAUCUUAGUAGUGUGCCAAUACCACUGAUUGAAUCA